AUGCACGGUUCUGAGGCGAGCCCCGGGCUCCUGCCAUCCACCUUGAGAACGGUGAUAGGCACUCCGACGUCACCGCUCCUCUCCCCGACCGACCCGUCUCUCUCCCAGCAACAAAUCCAGUCAAAUCUCCAAAAUGUUCUCUCGUCGCUCUCUGAAUUUCGUCCUGAGAUCGUGGCCGCCAGUGGCAACUCGACCGGCUCGACCGGCAAGGGCAUCCUGAUUGGGAUCUUGUCCGCUUUUGGCUCGGCCGCCGUCGCCUUUGUCGUGCUAGCGAUAUUCUUUUUCUUUAAAUACACCCGCCGCGGGCGAAUUAUGCUGGAUCGCAUUGGUCGACCUGGUGAAUAUGACGACGAGCAGGCCUUUGCGCGCGAGGAAGAGGCGGCGCUAGAGUCCAUGGAUGACCUGGCGCGGUCAGAAUACUUACGAGCCAAAGCUUUCGUACAAGGAAACCCGCCCGAGUCCGUACAAACCGAUAUCUCGCUUUCACAAUUCCUCGCCAUUCAAGAGAAGGGUGUCUCCGCCUGGGAGUUCCAGCCAGAGUUGGAGAUUGCCAACUGCUUUGUGGAAGCACGCACAGAGAUUGAGUUUUUUGACUCCGAGUGUAGUGUACAGACCAACCUGCCCAUCCCGAAGCAGAAUGAGGUCUACUACUGGGAAGCCAAAAUCUACGAUAAGCCCGAGUCGACAAUGAUCGGGAUCGGCCUCAGUACUAAGCCGUAUCCUUUGUUCCGAAUGCCUGGCCUCCACAAAUCCUCUGUUGCCUACGAGUCCACCGGACACCGCCGACUUAAUCAACCGUUCACACCAACCCCAUACGGCCCUCCUCUACUUCAAGGCGAUGUUAUCGGUGUAGGCUAUCGGCCCCGAUCAGGCACCAUCUUCUUUACCCGCAACGGCAAGAGGCUCGAAGACGUCGCCCAUAACUAUCGCUCCCAAAACCUCUUCCCUACAAUUGGCGCCAACGGGCCUUGUACCGUUCACGUCAACUUCGGACAAAUGGGAUUCGUCUUCAUUGAAGGCAACGUCAAGAAAUGGGGCUUGGCCCCCAUGACCGGCAGCCUGGCCCCACCCCCACCAUAUGGUAGCGAGCAAGGCAGCAUCCUGCUCGAGUCGGGCCGUGAGAGCGCGGCUCAAAUCUCCCAACGCGUGUAUCAAAAUGCCAAUUACGCCGCCUCAGGUUCAAGUGUUAGGAUCCCUCCGGCGGCCAGCCCAGGCCCUGCUCGAUCACCCACUGACAUUUCCCUCGCCCAGCUGGCCCACAUCCCUUCCAAUGAAGAUGCUGGUGAGGGAUCCAGUCGUUUUGCUGGUGACGAAGAGCAUGCCCCAGAGAUUGAAGAGCCUGAGAUGCCACCACCAGAGUACUCCAGCCCUGGCAGCAGUCGCAGGGGCAGUGAUGCCUCCCUAGAAUAUCCCCCCAGAGGCUCAGAGGACUCCCACUCUCCAUCCAAUGAACCCACGGAAUUUGAGUCAAAUCUGCCCAGUUACCAGACUGUGGUGGCCCGAGACUGGCCUCAACACUCAAUAGAGGGGAUUGACCCCUGA